CAGGUAGCUGAUAAUGGGAUACACCUACCCGUCCAAGGCAACAGCUGUCAGCUGACCACAGUUCAGUGUAGAGAGAAAUGCAGGCGGCAAGCUUCCAGACAUGACUAUGUGUGAGAGCCUGAGAGGUCAACCGAUCAGCCACCGACAUACUCCGUAGCAUGGCUCAAAGCUUGCCCGGGUGCACGACGGCACGAUCUCUGAUGUGCUCUCCACCAUUUCGUCAAGCCCAUUCCGUGCGCUUUUCUCCUCAUGGACGCACAAUUGGGAUCUCCGGCAAGCCCACUUUUCCCUGUGUCAUGAGUCUAGAAGAAGCUUCGUCGCUUGAGGGAAAUGCUGAAGCCCGAGUGGCCGACGAUGGAGAGGAGGGACAUGCGACGACGGCGAGAGCCCCCGCCGGCCGGCCACUCCGUUCCGGUUCGUCGGCCACCGACCUCUCGAGCAACGCGUCGUCGAUCAACUACCGCAAGGCGCGGCGGGACAGGAUCGGCGGCGACGGCGGCCUGUGCAUGCACCUGCCGGGCCUGUCCCGGAGGCGGUCGAUGCAGCAGCAGCAGUCCAUGAGCCUGAGCGAGGCGGACACCCGGGCGAGCGUGGCCGCCGGGCCCGGCGGGGCCCGGGCGAGCACGGCGUCCAUGGAGAGGUUCAAGUACAGCUCGUCGUCCUCCGGCAUCGUGUUCGAGCGCGCGGCGGACAAAGAGGACGAACAGGAGGAGGAGGUGUCGGCGUACUUCGACCUGCCGCUGGAGCUGCUGAGGAUCAGCAGCGUCGACACGGAGUCGCCGGUCACGGCGGCGUUCGUCUUCGACGGCAACCGGGGCCGGGGCGCCAAGAAGAUCGUCCCCGAGAUGCAGGACAACCUCGAUUUCAGCUUCCCCGCGCCGCCGGAUUUCUCGAAUCCCUCGUCGCCAAGAUCCUGAAACUACGCGAGGGGAGGCGCUCAUCAGUAUCUCAGACGACAUCGACUAUUUUUGAGCGCGGAUCACGCGUCAGGUUUUACGCUGGUUUCCUACCCAUGAUGUGUUGUGCUUGUGUAUUUGGUGUCCGUACACAUUUCGUCGUUUUCCAUAUUGCUCUGCAUGCAUCUGAGAUGCACAUAGGCUAACAAGGUUGCAAUUGUGAUGGUGAUGGUGAUGGGGGGUGGUGAUUAGCUCAACAUCAACUGAUGCAGUAAUUCUAUGUCCAAUCACGAGAAACAUAGAGAAACCAGCUUAAGUUGGAGUCUGAAGAGUGCAGUAGCAUUUGCUAGACAUAACAUACUGUACUUUUCAAGAACUAGUAGUGUUACAACAACCUCGCUUCAAAUGGUUGUAUUGUAAGCAAAUCAAAAUGAGGUAUAUUGUGCAUUGUUAAGCAUGUCGUGCGA